UCGCCCCGGCCAGGCCGAGCGCAGCAGGCGCCACGCGCAGAGCACACGCUCGCGCUCCAGCUCUCCAACUCCGCCGUUCAUGACCGUGACCCCCGGCCGCAGGCUCCGCCAGCCCCUGCUGCAGGCUCUCUUGCCGUACCCCGCCGCCGCAAGGGUCCCCCCUCGCCCCAAGCGCUUUGAAGCCUGUCCGCACCCCCUGCCCGCUAGCGGCUGCCUGGCUCAGCUGGCACCAUGCUGUCCGUGCGCGUCUGCCUGCUCACGCCCCACUUGCUGCUCGUGUUGGUGCAGCUGUCCCCGGCCAGCGGCCACCGCACCACUGGCCCCAGGUUUCUCAUAAGUGACCGUGAUCCUCAGUGCAACCUCCACUGCUCCAGGACUCAACCCAAACCCAUCUGUGCCUCUGAUGGCAGGUCCUAUGAAUCCAUGUGUGAGUACCAGAGAGCCAAGUGUCGGGACCCAGCCCUGGGCGUGGUCCAUCGAGGGAGAUGCAAAGAUGCUGGCCAGAGCAAAUGUCGCCUGGAGAGGGCUCAGGCCUUGGAACAGGCCAAGAAGCCUCAGGAGGCUGUGUUUGUCCCAGAGUGUGGUGAGGACGGCUCCUUCACGCAGGUGCAGUGCCACACUUACACGGGGUACUGCUGGUGUGUCACCCCGGACGGGAAGCCCAUCAGUGGUUCUUCUGUGCAGAAUAAAACUCCUGUAUGUUCAGGUCCAGUCACCGACAAGCCCUUGAGCCAGGGCAAUUCAGGAAGAAAAGUCUCUUUUCGUUUCUUUUUAACUCUCAAUUCAGAUGAUGGCUCUAAGCCCACACCCACGAUGGAGACCCAGCCUGUAUUCGACGGCGAUGAAAUCACAGCUCCCACCCUAUGGAUUAAGCACUUGGUAAUCAAAGACUCCAAACUGAAUAACACCAAUGUAAGAAAUUCAGAGAAAGUCCACUCUUGUGACCAGGAGAGGCAGAGCGCCCUGGAAGAGGCCCGGCAGAAUCCCCGCGAGGGCAUUGUGAUCCCAGAGUGCGCCCCUGGCGGGCUUUAUAAACCGGUGCAAUGCCACCAGUCCACGGGCUACUGCUGGUGUGUCCUAGUGGACACGGGGCGCCCAGUGCCUGGGACGUCCACACGCUAUGUGAUGCCAAGUUGUGAGAGUGAAGGUAGAGCCAAGAGUGCCGAGGCGGACGACCCCUUCAAGGACAGGGAGUUGCCAGGCUGUCCAGAAGGGAAGAAGAUGGAAUUUAUUACCAGCCUGCUGGAUGCGCUCACCACAGACAUGGUUCAGGCCAUUAACUCAGCAGCGCCCACUGGAGGUGGGAGGUUCUCAGAGCCAGAUCCCAGUCAUACCCUGGAGGAGCGAGUGGCACACUGGUACUUCAGCCAGCUGGAUAGCAACAACAGUGAUGACAUCAACAAGCGGGAGAUGAAGCCCUUCAAGCGCUAUGUCAAGAAGAAAGCCAAGCCCAAGAAAUGUGCCCGGCGUUUCACCGACUACUGUGACCUGAACAAGGACAAGGUCAUCUCAUUGCCCGAGCUGAAGGGCUGCCUGGGUGUUAGCAAAGAAGGUGGUAGCCUUGGCAGCUUCCCCCAGGGAAAACGAGCAGGCACAAACCCAUUCAUUGGACGCCUUGUCUAAGAAGCCGAAAAAUCAAAGGGCCAGUGGAGAGUUCCAGGAGACAGGACCAAGCAUCAGACACCUAGCCUUCAGCGCUGCCCACACCCAGCCACAGCCCAUGUAACAUAAGUGGUGCCCGCCAUGUUUGCACUUUUAAUAACUCUUUUGUGUGUGUUUUGUUUCCGGUUUCAUUUGUACACACCGUCUAUCUAAUACCACAGCUGCAACAGGAAAGGGAAGAAAGGCCGCUAUUCUCUCUUUGGUUAAGAUUUUGGAUCUGCUACUGACAAAUUUUAGGUUAUUGGGGAGGGGGGGUUGUUACUGGGGGUGAGAGGAAAGAGAUUUAUAUACUGUAUAUAAAUAUAUAUGUAAAUUGUAUAGAUCUUUUGUACAGGCAUUGGCAUUACUGUUGCCCCCUCCCUCCCCUUCCCUUCUCUGGACUCAUAGUCCAGCCUUCUUGGACUGUAUCUUUUGCUUACCUGCGUGGUUUCAUUGGAGAGGGACUCUGUGCUUGUUCUGUGGACAGCAUCUGUUCUCUUCUGGGUGGGAAGAGGGUACUGUUCCAUGCCAUCUGCUGCCAGAGUCUACUCACUUGGCCACUGGUUGGGUAUGAGCAGAGCCCAGCUCAUGUGACGGCCAGCAUGGACUUCAAAAUUCUUCAGUGGCCCACGUCCCCUCUAUCAAGAUCCCUUCGUAGUCUAGGGUAAAUAACUGAGCACAUAAUGUUGAAGGGGUUGAGUUAGGCUACUUCAAACAUUGCCACCCAUGUCUAGCACCUUCCCCAUGUAGGCACCAGAGGAGACACGCCAAACGUGUGAGGAAGAAGCACCCAGCAGGGCUUUCCUUUAACAGAUGUUUAGCAUCCAAGUGUUGUCUGAGUUUUUGUCCUGCCUGGUUUCUGUCCUCCCACCAGGUCCUACAGCUGUUCAGCCCCAAAGAAAUCACACAGAGGUCUGUAUUAAUGAUUAACCGAUUGGCCCAUUAGCUCAGGCUUCUUAUUAACUCUUAUAACUUAUAUUAACCCAUUAUUCUUAUCUAUAUUAGCCACAUGGCUCGGUACCUUUUUUGGCGAGGAAUUCGCACCUUCCUUCUUCGGUGGAUGGGUCAUGAUUGGGGAGGAAUGGGCUUCCUCCUUCCCAGAAUUCUCCUUUUCUCAUUGACCCUCCUCUACUUCCUGUCUGGUUGUCCUGCCUGUACCUCCUGCCUGGCUACUGGCCAAUCAACGUUUAUUUAAAACAUAAUUGACAGAAUAUAGACAAUUGUCCCAAACCAUCCAAGAGAAUGUUGAAGAUGACAAGCUUGCCCCAGGCCUUCUGCAAACCCACAGGAGAGGGUCUGCAAGUGUGUUUCUUCCAACCCUAGUGUCAGACUGGGUUUACUUUCUUACUCCCCCUCCAUCUCUCACCCUCACCCACUGGGUCAGCCCCCACUGUUGACCAAUCCCGGAGUUGGGUCCCUCAGCUUCCCUCGUGGACUUCCAGACCUAUGGACCAGUCCUAGAAGUAAAAUUUAUGUGGUGUCCCUUCCUUCUGCUUCCCCAAGAGGAAUAGGAGGGAUAAGCCAGCUACAGGGGAAUCUAGAUUUGUGCACAGGGAGUCACUGGGAUUGCAGAGUGGUCACUCAGCCUUCAGGACAGACAAGCAGCAGCUUCUGUCUAAGUGCUAGGCUGACUCAGAUGGUCUUCCAUCAGAACAUCAAGUGACCCUUAGCAGCUGUUUCCAUGGUCAGUCAUGGUGGCAGUGAGAGAGGUCAGGAGCUCAGGGCUGGUGCUUUCGCUGACUUGCUCUUGGCCAUCUGAGCUUGUCUGGUAUUCUAUCUCAGUUUCCCCGAAGCGCUUCUACCAUGCUAAACCCUAUUCUGUCUUGGGUCUGGAAGGCACUGGCCUCGUACAUGCUGCCCAGGUGUGGGGACCAUAGCCUUUUUGGCACUUGAUUUGAUAAAGUCUUGGCUUCAGAAGGUUCCUGCUGUUCUGAAGAAAGUCACACAUGUUGUCCCAUGAUGACCAGUGACCCUGUCCUGACAUGGUAAGGUGGAAAAGAAGCACUUUCUUGGAGCCUUGACAAAAACAAAAAGCCCACAGUGUGCGGGACCUGGAUGACCCUCACGGCAGACUCCAGCCCCAUUUCCUGGCCUGAAGAAAACAUGUACCUGGAGAAGCUACCUCCACGUGGGAGUUCAGAAUCUGCCCAGCUCUCUUCUCUUUCACAGAUGGGUGCAGGCUGUGCUGUAUCGGUUUCCCUUGGGAGGGAGGGAGCAAGGGAAAGUAUUUGUAGCUUGUUUUAUAAAAAAUAAAAAUGGCUAAAACCUUG